GAGUUUUGAAAGUCGAAAACGGAAAGCCGUGCUCAGUGCUUAAUGAGUAUAAAAUAUGUGCGACAAUCGAACCCUUCAUCAGUUAGCAAGUAGAAUCACUACUAGUAACAUUUCAAACUGCAUCACAGGAGAUCCAAGAUGUUCAAGAUCAUCGCUCUGGUUGCCUGUUUGGCUGUCGUUGCCUCCGCUCAGUACUACGGAGGAGAUCACGGUCACCACCACGAAGAUUAUCACUCGCACCCCAAAUAUAAGUUCGAAUAUGGUGUCAAGGAUGGACACACCCACGAUCACAAAAGUGCCUGGGAGCACCGCGAUGGCGACCACGUGAAGGGACAGUACACGCUGGAUGAGGCUGAUGGCACCCAUCGCGUUGUCGAUUACAGUUCGGACCACAAGGGAGGAUUCCAGCCUCAUGUUCAACGCAAGGGGCACGCUCAUCACCCACAUCACGGAGAAAGCUACGCCAACAUUGAGCAGCACUACUGAAUAGAUCGAACAAUGUUCAAAGAUAUGCUUCAAAGUAAAGGCUUCCCAUGAUCUAUCCUUA